AUGGCGCGGUGCAUGCCCCUCCUCGCCUCCCUGCUGCUGCUGGCCCUCGCCGGCGUCGCCUCCGCCGACAAGGCCCCCGAGAGCGGCUUCAUCGUCACCGGCCGCGUCUACUGCGACCCCUGCCGCGCCGGCUUCGAGACCAACGUCUCCAAAAACGUCGAAGGGGCGACGGUGGCGAUGGACUGCCGGCCGUUCGGCGGCGGCGAGAGCAAGCUCAAGGCGGAGGCGACGACGGACAACAAGGGGUGGUACAAGAUCGAGAUCGAUCAGGACCACCAGGACGAGAUCUGCGAGGUGGUGCUGACCAAGAGCCCCGACGCGUCGUGCGCCGAGAUCGAGGAGUUCCGCGACCGCGCGCGCGUCCCGCUCACCAGCAACAACGGCAUGAAGCAGCAGGGCACCCGCUUCGCCAACCCCAUCGCCUUCUUCCCCAAGGAGCCGCGCAAGGAGUGCGGCGGCAUCCUCCAGGCUUACGACCUCAAGGACGCACCCGAGAACCCAUGA